GCUGACCAAACCUUCUUUUCUUCUUUGCUCUCUACCCAAAAAAGUCCUCAAAUUUUCCCUUUUUCUUACACUUUUCUCCAAGUUUCGAUAUAAUGAAGAUGCAGGAAGAAAAACUCAUUGAGAUGUCUCUUGAGACGAUUUCCAGCCGUGUCCAAGAAGUGAAGGAGUCUUUGCAGGCGUUUCUGGCUAAACUAGAGAUGGAGCAAAUGAACUGGCCAUCAAUGCUGGACAACUUUGCCCUUCUAUCAGGUCAAGUAAGAACUCUGACCAAGUUGCUGAAGGGGGACAAAACACCUGCUCUUAGAGAUCUUGUAUUGUUACCAUUGCUUGUGCAACAAGAAACAGACCCUGAUAUCCAGAAGGCCACUCAAGGCAGAAUACAUGCAUUCAAUCAUGAAGUUGUUCCUGAUUAUUUGCGAACCAAAUAUGAGCCUGAGGUGGAGGAAUAUGAACAAAAACUUGUAUCUGUUGCAUCAAAUAUUAAACCAGAAUCAGCGCAGAAGCAAAUCAGUCACUUGAAUGACAUCAUUGAAAGUCUAACGGAAAUGAUUACAAAUGCCAAGGAAGAAUGGGAAGGUGAACAAAGUUUAGCUGCCAGAAAUACACCUGUCGUAAACCCUGAUAUAGACAACCUUGUCAGUGCCGUCACAUUUGGAAAAGGAAUGAGACCAUCAAAGAAUUCAAAACAAAAGCUAAAAGGUUCAGCAGAUUCAGUCGGUAAAAUGUCAAGUUCAGUAAAAAGUGAACUCAAAGCUUCCACCAGUUCUCAUCCCUAUGCUAGCAACAGGCCAUAACUAGCAAAGGAGGUCUCUUUUCUAUGUACAUAUCAUAAAAUAUUUUUUAAACUGCACAGUUGUAUACUUGAAUCAAGCUUCUAUAGAAACAAC